ACUCACUUUCACUUCAAAUCAGCAGAAUCAGAAACUUGACAAAGAUCGCUUGCUGAUGAUGUUCCUGACCGAAACUCUCGAAAAAUUUCAAUUUAUGAUUUAUUUUCAGUUUCUGGAUUGCAUGUGAUCGAAUGCAAGAAAUAAAAGUUUAUCUGUCUUAAUAUUUUUGCGAUGAUAAAUAUAUAUUCUUCUUUUCGUCAUUUAGUUAUUUUAGUUUGCAUAACAAAUAUUUCUUUCUCCCUGACACCAGAGUUUGGUGAGUUAGCUAAGCCAAUUUCUUUAGAAAUUUCUGUCUCUGAAGUUUCUGCUAAUAGUGUAGAGAUUGAUUGGCAUUUCAAGGAUGAACAUGCGAAAUUCAUCUUAACCUGUGAAUUAGUUUAUGGACCUGUCGAUGAUGCUUCUCAAGUUCAAGUAUUUACACAGAUACAGCUUAUGGAAGAAAAAAUAAUUAAAUUGAGUCAUUUGGAAAAUAAUGUUACUUAUCACAUGCAUAUGAUAUGUCAUAAUGGCACUGAAGAUAAAGUUCAAUCAAAUACUCUUCAAUUCACAACUGGGUCCAAGACUUUACCAUUGAAUUAUGUGAUGCCAUCCAGCAAUUUUCAUGGCCACAGUAUCAUUCCUCGAGAAAAUUUUUAUUCACGUGAUGAAGACUACGUUCGUAAUGUCAGAUCCUCUAGUGUGAUUUUAGGAGCAGUUUGUGGAAUUAUCGGCUUUCUCAUCAUUAAUGUAACAAUUGUCAUGGCUGUCCGUAAAUACUCCCAUCGUCAAAUGAGAAGGCGGCGGAUAUUAGAAAUUGAAGAGCGUGAUUAUGAUGAGUUUCCAUACUUGCGUGGGGAUGAAUGAAGAAUCCUAAAAAUGUCUUCCCAAAAUUAUGAAUCUAGUACUUGAUAAUAAGAACUUCAUUUGAUUCAUUGGUCCAUCAUCUGUACGGGUUGUU